GGUGUUACUCCAGCUGUCAAGGUUUUUUUAGUGUUCUGAUUAUGGUGGAGAGUCAUUUGCCACAAAAACCUAAAGCGGGCAAUGCCGAUGCAAAGAAAGCCGCGAAGCCUGAUUCAAAAACCACAGAUUCCACGAAUGAAGAUGGCGAUAAAAUGGAAGUAGACGUAAACUCGAAAGAAACGUUGGAUUCGUUGUGCGCUGAAGAUAUAAGAGAACAUGCGAAACUAAUCGAGAAAACCAUGAUAACGAAAGAAACUAGGUUUUUGAACAGGGUGAUGAGAUCACUUAUGGCGUUGCGGCCCAAACUGAAUACAGAAGUUUUACAGAAGGCUGUAAAUACCUGUUGCCAAUCAGACUCUCAAGGCAAGAACGAGUUACUCAAUUUGAUAGCAAGCAAAGCGUCGGCUGUGACUGUUGCCACUACUCCUAGCGGAAAACGAGAUAUGAAGUUCUCAUCAGCAGUAAUGAUAGAGAUCCAAGCGUAUCUGAGUCUGCUAAUAACUGUCUACAACUUGGACGCCAAAAACCUACCACAAGCAAGCGUCGCAGCUAAAACAAUGAUAUCAAAAGUUUUGGCAACAAGCAACAGGUCAACUGAUGUUCUGAGCGCCAAGUGUUUCUUCUACUACGCCCGAGUACACGAGGAGUCUGGAGAUCUUAGUGCUAUCAGGGACGAUGCCCAUUCAUACCUGAGGUCGAGCAUCAUUCAUCACAACCAUGAGUCAACUGCUGUUCUCAUAAAUAUUUUGUUAAGAAUCUAUCUUCAACAAAAUCAAUACGAGUUUGCCUGGAAUUUUGUCGAGAAAACUACCUUUCCAGCCGAGGCCUCAAAUAAUGAGGUUGCUCGUUACCUGUAUUAUCUUGGCAGAAUAAAAGCUGUUAAGUUGGAUUAUUCGGCAUCUCAAAAAGAUUUAAUGGAAGCUUUGAGAAAAGCACCUCAGAAGGUUGCCAUAGGAUUCCGCCAACAAGUGCAAAAACUGACAUGUGUGGUGAGCCUGCUGCUCGGUGAGAUCCCCGAGCGCGCAACUUUCAAGAUCCCACAUUUUAAGAAGCCAUUGGAACCUUAUUUGAUGCUGACUCGUGCAGUGAGAACAGGAAAUUUGGAGGAGUUCAAACAGGUGAGCGGAAAGUACAAAGAGAAGUUUAUAAAGGAUGGGACCUUCAUGUUGAUUGGUCGUCUGAGGCACAAUGUGAUUAAAGCAGGAAUCAAGAGGAUAAACGCGUCUUAUUCCUGCAUCUCCCUGGAAGAUAUAGCAUCCAAACUGUGUCUGGACUCCCCGAGUGACGCCUUGUACACAGUUGCUAAGGCAAUCAAAGACAAAGUUAUAGAGGCCAAAAUUGACUACGAACAGAGCUGGAUGCAGUCUCUUGAGAACCCAGAUGUGUACUCUACUCUGGAACCCACCAUGCAAUAUCAGGCCAGGAUAGCCUUCAUGAUGGACAUUCACAAACAGUGCACUCUCGCUCUCAGAUAUCCGCCCAAAUCUUUCGCGCACCAGGGAGAGGAUGCGAAGUCUAGGAGAGAACGUGAGGCGGCAGACCUGGAGGAACUAGCAGAUGAAUUGGAUGAUGAUGACGACGAUGAUGACAGCGAAGACUUGUUUCCCUAAUUGUAGUCAUGCCUAACUAAGUUUUAGAUGGAUAAAUGAUAUGGAAUGCUGGAUAUUAUUGUUGAAGCAUGAUUGAUUUGAAGUUUUAAAUAGCAAAUGAUGGACGGAGCUUGAGUUCAGUUAUUGUUGAGAUUUUAAGAGUGAAUAAUUAUGUAAAAGAGAAAUGUUUAGUUUGACUUUUGACCGAUAAGAUUAUCAUAUUCUGGUGAA